AUGGCGGCAGGCGACGUUGCUGUUGAGGCUUUCCAAAGACUUCUCCAUGGACAAAAAUUCCCUUCGUUUAGGGAUUUGGAUGAGGCGAUCUCACGGUUUAGUGAGGUAACUGGUGUUUCUGUUUGCGAUGACCAAGUUUAGGAAACUGGCUACCAUUUUAAGCCAGUUAAUUCCCACAAAUUCAUCGCCGGCAGCCCUGAGGCCGAGACAUUUGUGUUUUCCAGCCGCAAAUACGUUUGCGUCCUGGCUUCAACUCGAAAGUACGUUUACAUUAACUUUGGUAAAUCAGCGACUGCGCAGGCGCGUGGGCUGUGAUGCGUUUUUUAACAUUGGGCAUUGCAAGGCGGGCUACCUUGCCGUAACGUCGUUUAAGGCAGAGCACGGACAUGAGCCCGUGCCCGUGGAACCCCAGCAUUCUAAGCAGAAAAGCCCAGGCUCCCAACUCACAGACUUUCGCACGCUACGUGCUGCCUCACCAACAAGUAAAUACAGACUUCCUUUAACCGUGCUUUACAGCGCAAGAACAAACUCGUUUGCUUUGUUCUUUGUUUAAGAAAGUUUUCCAAUGCGGGACCUUCGUGAGCUUCGAUGGCUUAAUGUCCGCGGUAAAAGAGUACGAGAAGGUAAGCCGUAUUAAGCCUUCGGUUAUUUUGUAGGCUUCCUCCACCAGCUUCAGCAGAACUAAGAGCGAAAGACUGCCGGCGACCCAUCCGCGGGUUGAUGCAUUGAAGUACCGUUAUGUCUACUUUACAUGCUGUCAUUCCGGAGUUUUUCGCAGUUGCAGCUCCAAGAAAAAAACAGCGUAAGCGACCAUUGCUUUACAUCCGGCGGUUUAGUUCUCAGAAGUUUGGAUGUACAGCCCGCUUCACCGCCGUAGUGAUUGGGGACGAAUUGCACGUGAAGGCGCUAAAUUUGCGCCACAACCACGUAUGCAGUCGACAGAUGGCCUCCGCCUACCCCAAGUUGCGGCGAUUGGCGGAGCAAGACGAGAAAAACCUGCUGCGGUUGAUGCAGCAGAUGCGCCCAUCUGCAGGACGGCUGAAGGCGUACCUGAAAAGUAAGAUUACGUUCUCCAAACACAGUCGUAGGUUGCUAUGGUCUUAAUUACAAAAUGAAGGACCUAGCCAACAUGCGCCGCCGGCUGUUUCGGAGUGAUCCAACAGUAAGGGGUAUGAAAAAUGCGCUGUUCUCAAUGAGGGGUGGCUGCGACCCCGAUUUUUUUUACGAUGAUUCGCGGGGCAUGUGCUCUACGAAAUCGGUUCUGCGGGCCGCCUGCUUUACGACGCCGGCUCUGCGGGCGACGUACUCUGCGUAUCCGGAGGUUGUCCAAAUGGACGCUACCUACCGGACCAAUAGGCAGGGGUGUGCAUUGUACCACAUUGUGGUAACUGAUAAGCAUGGGCACGCUCAGUCCGUGUUCUACGCGUUUGUAACUCAGGACGACGCCGUUAGCGUACGGUGGGUAGUAGAUAAAUUUAGGGAAAAGAUGGGGUCUGCUACUGAUAACUUACGCACAGUGUUUAUAGACAAGGAUGCAAAAUAACUGAAGGCCUGGAGGGAGGUUUUUCCUGGAACUCAGGUAGCCGUCCUUAUUUGCACAUUUCAUGUGCUCCAGGCCUUCAAGAGAAAGGUCAAAAGCGUGUAUAAAGACGUAAGGUCUGAGCAUGCUUUUGACCUUUUUCGCAGGGCUGUGUAUGCAUCCAGCUUUAAGUUUUUUAAAUUACAUUUCAAUAGCUUUAGGGAAUGUUUCCCCGAGCUCUGGCCGUAUAUUGUGGUCAACUGGUGGCGGUGCAGACGCCGGUGGGCCCAUUACGCUCGGCGUAGUCUUUUGACGUACGGCGACAAUACCACAAAUAAGAUUGAGAGUCUUAAUCGAGUCUUAAAGCAGUGGUGUAGACCAUACAUGUCUCUCACCGACUGCGUUAAUAGUAUAGUUUGCUUUUUAGAUUCAAAGGCCGUAGAUAACGAGCGGCUUGAUGCGGAUGAGUACUGCCGCCGCAGGCACUACAACGGACUAACCCCGCGUGUCAGCAAACUAUGUCAAAUGCUGACUGGGUAUGCUGCAGAAGUCCUGCUGAAGCACGUGUCCGCAAACGGCAAUGUAAAGCUUUGUAGUGAGGCUGUUGACACGUGCAGCUGUCGGUUCCAUCGGAACUGGCAGCUGCCGUGUGUACACAUAAUCAACUACAUUGAACAGAACAAUAUUGAGCCAUGCCGAGCUCUUUUAAAGAGUAGAUGGGUCUUUCGGCUAGAUGUCUCUGAGAUGCGCGUCACUGACGAGAAUGUUGACCCGGAGGCCGUAACGUCCUUCCAGGUUGACAUUCUCGUCAGCAAAGGGCGAGGGCCGCUUACUGAGGACUAA